UUUUCGGUUUUUUUAGAUGAAGGAUGGCAUCGCCUUGCAUCGCUUUAUCUAUGCGUGUAAGCUUCUUCCUCCUCGAAGUGCACCAUGAUCAAAAUAAUAUCCAAUUUCCGUGACUGAGUAUCACGAGUUGCAUCAACCUGGGGCUUGCAAGACUUGCUCCGGGGAUAUAAAGCCAGCUUCAAUCCACAACUAUGAAAAAAUAACAACCUCUUCAUUCCAAUGGCACGCCCCUCCUUCGAGAUUUACUUCACUGGCAGAGAUGAUCCUCGCGAUGGCUGCAUCGUCAUCGGCGAGGACACUAAGCCUGUUUUUUUCGAGUUCGAAACACAAUACAUGUCACCCUCUACAGCGCGCACCACCAUAUCUAGCAAUCGUAAUCCCGUGGCAGCGCUUGACUGGCUAAAUGGGGGCCUCGGUGUUGCCACUAUCGGUAAUCGCGAAAUUCCAAUGUCACAUAUGGUCCAACAGGGAUCCAGUUCAUCCGCUCGUAGGUUUCCUUCUGCGGACGGUCACCAGUACGAAUGGCGAAAGUGUCACAAUGACCCCAGGUCGUACGAGCUCUUCUCCGCACACAGCGGAAGAAUCGCAAAGUUCCAGAAGCAUUCCCAAGCCACGCCAAUUGGUCCUUCGCAUGGAACACUGCAGUAUAGUUUCAGCCACGACCUUCUAUUGCUCGAAGCUUUGCUCGCUCUGAAUCUUAAUAGGUGGCUAGAUUGGACCGGGUGAGCUGUUGGUGGGAAUAACAAGGAAUCUGUAUAUGCAUGUAUUACUGCCUCUGUACGAAUAUCGCUAUCUGAACACCCAAUGUAACAACAAAUUCUCCAUGCAAGUAAG